AUGGCUCUCUUUGUAGUCCUUCAGACAACAUUCCUCUUGGUAUUGCUACCUUCGAGAACUUUCCAGAAAGAAGUACUGUCUGAACCUGUGCCACUGACUCCUGAAUCACUUAAGGUGUCCAUCAAUUCUCCACGCCAACGUUUGAAUCUACAAUGGAGUGUCCACAACUUUCUUAAUCAUCCAGAACAACAAAUGAUUUUUCAGAUAGAGAUCAGUAGAAUUAACACAUCCAAUAUCAUCUGGGUGGGGAACUACAGUGCCAUUGUGAAGUGGAACCAAGUUCUGCAUUGGAGCUGGGAAUCUGAACUUCCUUUGGAAUGUGCAACACAUUUUGUAAGAAUAAGGAGUAUGAUGGAUGACUCCACAUUCCCCAAGCCAAAGUCCUGGAGCAAAUGGACUUCAUGGGAGGAAGUAGAUGUACAUGAUACACUUGGACAUGAUACACUCUUCGUUUUCCCCAAAGAUAAACUGGUGGAAGAAGGUGCUAAUGUCACCUUUUGUUACGUUUUUAAGAGCAAUGAGAAUAACGUAUCCUGUCAUUUGGAAGGCGAACAGGUCCAUGGAGAACAGCUUACUUCAAAUGUAUCUGCAUUCAAAUUGAAUAAUGUUCCUUUCAUCAGACGAACAGGGACAAAUAUCUAUUGUAAAGUGAAUGGAGGAGAACCUGCAGCAGGCAUCGUUCUCUAUGUAUCAAAAAUACUGGAGGAGCCCAAGGACUUUUCUUGUGAAACCCGGGACUUGAAGACUUUGAACUGUACUUGGGAUUCUGGGGAUGACACUGGUUUACAAAUACAGUCUUCCCAAAGCUACACUUUAUUUGAAUCAUUUUCCCAGAAAAAGAAAGUUUGUAAACACAAAAACUGGUGCACUUGGCAAGUAACUCAAGACUCUCAAGGAAUGUAUAACUUUACACUCAUGGCUGAAAACUACUUAAGAAAGAGAAGUGUCACUCUUGUUUUUCAACUGACUCAUCAAGUUCAUCCAAUGAGGCCCCAUUAUUUCUCUGUUGAAAAUAUAAAUUCCACAAAUGCCACUGUGACCUGGAAGGUCCACCCCAUUGGGAAUAAUUCCACAUUUUUGUGUCAGGUUGAACUACAUCAUGAGGGACAAGUGAUACAAAAAAAUGUUUCGAUCAAGGUGCAUGGUGAAUGCCUUCUAAGUGAAAUGGAGCCUGACACACAUUAUUUUGCCCGGGUACGCUGUGCUUAUGGCAGCCACUUCUGGAAAUGGAGUGAAUGGAUUGGUCAGAAAUUCACCACACUCGAAGCUGCUCCCUCAGUGGCUCCCGAUGUUUGGAGGAAGGUGAAGUCAGUACCAGGAGGUUAUAAUGUGACAUUAUUCUGGAAGCCAUUACCAAAAUUUCAUGCAAAUGGAAAAAUUCUAUUCUAUAAUAUAGCUGUGGAAAAUCUAGACGAACUAUCCAAAUUCAAUCUCUCCAUUCCUGCACCCCUCAAUGACACAGAACUAACCCUCAACCAUUAUUCUUACCAAGUUCGCAUCACAGCAAAUAACCGUGUGGGCACUUCUCCUGCUUCGGUAAUUGUCAUCUCUGGAGACUCUGGAGACAAAGAGAUUAAAGAAGAAAGAGUUGAAGGCAGAGAAGAUGGGUUCUCUCUGUCUUGGAAGCCUCAAUCUGGAGAUGCUGUAGGCUAUGUUGUGGAGUGGUGUGACCAUCCCCAGGACCCGCUCUGUGGUCUCCAGUGGAAAAAACUAGGCCCGAACACCACAAGUACCGUCGUCAGCUCAGAUUCUUUCAGACCAGGGGUCAGAUACAGCUUCAGAAUUUAUGAAUUAUCUUCAAAUUUGACUGCUUCUUUAUUAGGGAAAAAAACAGGCUACUCCCAAGAACUGGCUCCUUCCAGUAAUCCUAAAGUGGCCACAGAUAGCUUGACAUCCCGCUCCUUUACUCUGAAUUGGCAAGGUUAUUCCACUGAAUCACAACCUGGCUUCAUAAAAGGAUACUAUGUCUAUCUGAAAUCCAGGAUGGAGCAGUGCACCCCAGGAUUCAAAAGGGACAAUCUCUCAGAUGUUUCAGAAGCUUGCAAAUACAAAAUUGACAACCCAGAACAAAAGAUUUUCGUUGUGGAAAAUCUACAGCCAGAAUCUUUCUAUGAAGUUUUUGUCACUCCAUACACAAGUGCCGGUGAGGGCCCCAAAGGUACUUUCAUAAAAGUCACCACUCCAGAUGAAUAUGCCCAUGUGCUGACACGCAUCACACUCCCCGUGCUCCUCAGCAUCUUAUUCAUCAUGAUCAUUUGCUACUUGAAAAUUCAGUGGGUGAAGGAGAAGUGUUUCCCUGACAUUCCAGACCCUUACAAGAGCAGCGUCCUGUCGCUGAUAAAUUCCAAGGAGAACACUCACCUAACAAUAAUGAACCUCAAGGACUGCAUCCCAGAUGCUAUUGAGGUUGUAAACAAGCCAGAAGGAAGUAAGCCCCAGUCCUCGGGCACUGAGAAGUCACUCACAGAAACUGAAUUUACCAAGCCUGCAACCUACUUUUACCUCCUUCCAACGGAAAAGAAUCCCUCACGCCCAGGCCCCUGCAUGUGCUUUGAGAACUUUACCUAUAAUGAGGCAGCUUCUGACCUUAGUUUUUGUGGCCAUAUCCCAGUGCCACCUAACGCCCCACCAAGUCAGCUGGGACUAUGGAACACUCCUGAAAAUUUACUAAAGGCACAAGAGAAAGACUUCAUGAACUUCCUGGGAGAAAACCCAGCUGGAGAAACUAGUCUGAAUUAUGUGUCCCAGUUGGCUUCCCCCACGCCUGGAGAUAAGGACAGUCUUCCAACUGAUCCACCAGUGCCAGCACCCUGUUCAGAAUAUAAAAUGCAAAUGGCAGUACCACUGGGUGGGACCUCAUCUCCCCUUAGUGAAGACAGCAGCCUCUCUUCAACUGCCUUUUUAGAUCAAGGUCAACACUAUUGCUAA